AUGAACCUUAAGAACUUGUUUCGGGCGGACCCAAUGCUUGCGACAAAAUGCGACGGGGUUCCUCUCUCUGCAACAAAUCCUUACCCGCCAAUUGAUAUAAAGGAGGCAUCAUUAGAUGGGAAUCUUAUGUUCCUCAUGCAUGGAAUCCAGAAUCAAGCAUUUUCGAAGACCCCAAUCUGCAAAUAUUGUUCUUUUGGUGUUCCCCCAACGUGGUCACACACAACUUCAUUACCAGUCAAUACCCUUGUGGAGUGCAAGGAGCAGAAGGUAGGAGCAUGA